CUCGCCGCACUUUACGGCAUCGCCGCAAAGCGGGGACGGAAGCGGCCGGCGGGAGGUUGCCGGGGAGCUCGGGCCGCCAUGGACCGGAGGAAGAAGCCGCUGGACGUGGCCGCCUCCUCCUUGGUAGAUCUCAAAGCAGAGCUCUUCCGCAAACAAGAAGAAUUCAAGAAAGAAAAGCUACUGAAAGAUGCAGGCAUCUUUGCAAAGCCCAAACCUUCCAAUAAGAAACCAAGCAUCUGGACUAAACAAAACACAGGAGUCGCAAAACGAGCUGAGAAAGACAUUGAGCAGAAGGCAGAAGAGGAUCAAACCUUAGAUCAAUCAAGGAAGAAACUUGAAGAGAAAGCGAAGCUGUAUGAGAAGAUGACAAAAGGCGAUUUCCCAGAUGAAGAAACUGAAGAUUUGUACCUAGUGGAUUUCACUCAGAAGAUCAUAGACAAACAGCGAGAAGUACAGGAACUGUAUCAGAACGAAGCUGCUAGAAAGACUUUAGAAAAAGAGACAGAUGAUGAGGAAAUUGAACCAGAAAUGGAAAUACCACCGCCAGAGGACCCAGAUGAAGAAUGGGUUGAUUAUGUUGAUUCCUUGGGCCGAUCCAGACGCUGUAUGAAGAAGGACUUGCCAAGUAUACUUAAAAUGGAUCAGGAACUUCAAGGGAAAAGACUGGACCCUGAUGGGAACACGCUGUUAUCUGAAGAUAUGAAAAGAGAACUUCAGAGGCAGCAGUGGGAAAAAGAAGAAGAAGAAGCCCUCCGAAAACCCAUGGGGCCCAUUCAUUAUGAGGACAUUCGAGAAAACGAGGCCAGACAGCUUGGUGUUGGUUACUUUGCCUUUUCUCGUGACCAGGAUCUUAGGCAUAAACAACGGGCGACACUGGAUAUGCUAAGAGAGCAGACACUGGAUCAAAGAACUAAACGAGAACAGUUAAAAGAAAAAAGGAAGGCAGCUCUAGAAUCAAGGCUGUCUAAACUUCGAGCACGGAAGGUGAAGAAGUUAAGGGAAGAAGGAUUAGAAGAAGAGGCAGAAAAACUGGAGAAUGGAGAGGUGAAAGACACCACCAGCCCGGUACAAGCUGAGCCUGAAGUUCCAAGACCAAGCAGAAAGGUAGAGGUUGUCAUCCAGGAGAGAAGAGAUACGAAACCUGGUGUGCCUUAUGUCCGUGAGUGGGAUAAAGGCAAAGAGUUGAUGUUUGGACAAUGGUCGAAGAAGCAGGAAGAACUCAGAGAUGAGCGAGAUCCUGAAUUUGCACCACCUUCCGAUUACUUUAUGGGACAAAAGAAGGACGAUAGUUACAGCAGCCAGAAAUUGAACAGUCCUGAAACCUCUCCUGGAAAAACAGAACCAGAAAUAUCAGAGGACCAAAAGAAGUUAUCAGUGCAGGCCAGUACCCACAGAGCUGAAGUCGUGCCGCCAUCUGUACAAGCAUACAGCAACAGUGUUCAAGGUGGGCCAGGACCAGCUGAGGCCUCUGGCAGUGAUGCUGAAGAUGGAUCAACAUCGGCAGAGACUGACAGCAGUGAUGAGCAGGAUGGGCUGCCGUCAGCACACCCCUACAUCUGUGGUGCUCAGAACAUGCUGCCAUCAAUGCCAGCUUAUGGCUACGGUGCUCAUCAUGUGCUGCCACCAAUGCAGCCUUUUGGCUACGGCGCUCCGCAUAUGAUGCCACCAAUGCAGCCUUACGGCUAUGGCACUCCACAUAUGAUGCCACCAAUGCAGCCUUAUGGCUACGGCACUCCAAAUGUGCCAUUUUCAAUGCACGCGUAUGGCUAUGGAACCCAGGAUGCAGCUCAACCAGUGCAGGCCUGUGGCUGCAGCGCCCAGGAUGCAGCUCAACCAGUGCAGGCCUGUGGUUGCAGCACUCAGGAUGCAGCUCAACCAGUGCAGGCCUGUGGUUGCAGCACUCAGGAUGCAGCACAACCAGUGCAGGCCUGUGACUGCAGCACCCAGGAUGCACCUCCUCCAGGGCAGACAUACAGUGGUGACAAACAAAAUCAGGAGCCACUUUACCAAAGUUUAGAUGAUAUGCUGUCUUAUUACAGACAAGUGACUUGAACUGAGUAAAACAAUAAACAAGAACUGUGAUUUAAAGAUCUGGAGUAGAAUUACCUUCUGAGCAAGAAUGUUAUCUUCCUAUGUCUGGGAAAAAUAAGGUUCUGUAAGUAGAUGAAAAUUUCCUGUUCAACUAAGCUACCUUACAUCACAGCUGUACUUCUACCCUGCCUGUUUUUUUUUUCCUCUUUAUUAAAACUAUGUACUUUUUUGUCACUGCUUAACUAGCUUAGUAUGCGUUCUUAUUCUUUACCACUUAUGCCUGUACUUUCGGGUAUAGCUUCUGCUUUGAAGCUACUACAGGUUCAGUAAUAUCUAUAGAAACAGUAUUGAAAUGGCAGACCUGCUGUUGCUAAGUACAAAAAGGUUUUAAGAAAUGUUACCCACUUUAUUACCCAACUUCAGGGACAGAGUGCAGCAUAUUAGCUAGCAAGCAGGUGUGGGGAGUGCUGUCUAUGGUCAUAAUGCCUUCUGAGUUCCUGAAGUCUGUGUCUAACUUGUAAUUCUGUGAAGCAGAUCAGAGUUGGAGGAGGGCACUACGGAAAAUGAUAAAUGAUGAUAAGACUAAGCAUAAAUGCUCCACUGAAUUAGAAGCCUUGACACCUGAAAUUACUGUCUUGCUGGUUUAGAAAAUGCUUUCUUCGUUGAUCAAGAACAUUCCUGCAUCAUUCUAUUAUAUUUAAGGCUUUAUUAAUACUUGUUUCCGAAAUCUGUGUAUUGCAGUGAUAUAUAAAGCAGGCUAACCCACACCAAAUAAACUUACUGCAGUCUCAGUAAAUGACAGUUGUAUUUAGUAACCGUUUGGAACAUUUGGAAUUGUGAAGGCAACUUAGGUACCUCUCAUUUGUAUUUUAAUUGCUCACAAAAAGAAAAACAAGAAAAGUUGGUUAGAACAGGCAGUUGUGUACUUUCUGUAAAGUUGAAGGGCAGCGAUGCUGAAGCGGUGAAAGGACAGGGAUGUUGUGCUGCUCUGGGCUGCUCCUGUGGGACCUCGGACUGUUCUGACCUGAGCAGAACGCAGUCGCUGUCCGUCAACGUUUUUAACCUCAGCUAUUAAGUACUUCUAUUUCUCCUUUUUCUGCCAUUGCUGACAUGAGGAAUACCACCCCAUGCAAGCACCACUGGUAGCAGUUUAUAGGCACAGAAUUCUACAGUCUUGUAUUAUUAUCAGAUGGCUGUGGGACUGGAGAUUUACAAUAAGGUGGGGCUUCUGUUUCUCUGAACAGACCUAGAGUUUAAGGAGAGCAACGCAAUGCCAGCAUCCACCCGAAAGGUGCAAAAAGCAUAGCUGCUGCUGUCCUGAACUUAGCUGGGCAGCGUGGCGCUAGAGUUUAUACUUCUUCCUUUCCUUGAAACACUUCAGGAUGAAUAAAGAACCUGAAAACAAAUAAUGACUGUAUACUAAUGACUAAAAGGAAGAAGCUAUGAAUCUGUCUUUUUGCAAAUGUAAUGGUACGACGCUGUUUUCUUUCCUCUUUAGUUGGGUACAGUCUCAGGUUGUCAAUAUCCAUGCUCUAAUCUUACACAUUUGCUCUGAGAAAUCCUGCCAGUAUGUAUGAAUUUACUGCUAGGGUUUUGUAGUAGUGCUGCAGAUCUGAUGAUUCUGAUCCUAGAGCAAUUUUUCAAAUGCUGUGUCACCUCACAUUGAAUUCUAAGUUUGAAAUAGUUGCCCUAUGCUUUAGGAGCUUCUGUAAAGAUAAGUUCUCAUAACACAAUUUCAAGCAGAAAAUGGGCUUAAAUUUUUUGUGCAUUAAUUAAGACAACAGUAGUGGAAGUUUGAUGCUUGUAAGUCAUUGUCUAUGCAGUUCUGUUAGAUGUGCACACAAUUGUGGGAUUGCUUGUCAGAAUUAACUGCAUUUGAAUAGAAGUGAAGCAUUUUAGGAUGUUAGAGAAGUUUCAUGUUGAAGACCUCACAUAAAUCAGUUAAGAGAGUAUGACUCAGAGUAGGGUGUGAUGUUCUUAGAACUGAAGUAACUCCGAAGAGUGAGCAAAACACUUUAAAUUAUUAGAGCAGGACUGGAGUUCAUUAUAGCAAUCACAUCCUUUAGUAGACGGCCAUAUAAACAACAUUUCCAUCUAUUCUGGUACUAUUUUAAUCAUUUGCACUCAUUUCCUUCUGCCCUCUGGGCUCUGUUUUCUCUCUGCCCUUCAGACUGGGGGUAAUUUUAUGUACAUGUGUGAUUUAAGAGCUAUACAGUCUUCGCAUUAGUUUAACACUGAGCUGCAGCUGUGCUAAGGAAUGAAUGUCAUUCAUAAAGUAGCAUUAUGUAGAAACAUACAAUCAAAGUGCUCCUUUGUCAGCUUUAUUUCCAUAGCCUGAUGUUAAACACAGGAGGACUCUUGGCCAGAAAGGCAGUUCAAUGCCUAUGUUAAACUAAAGCCUGCUGAGAACAGCUCUCACACAGCAGCGCUCUGUCACUUUGCCAUUUGGUUUCCUCCCCUCUUGCCCUGGUUUCUGGGUGAAAACACUUGUGUAUUCUCUCAUGCUGUGAAGCAUGUGUUUCUGUUCACUCUUUAUUUCACUCUGGACCACCUCAGUAAAUUUACCCUGAUCAGCAACCUAAUUCAUUUCAUUUAGUAAUUCUUGGGUCAAACUACUGCUUACUUGAUAUACUAUCAAGGCCCAAUUCCUCUUCCCAAUCUUGAUGAUGUCUCCCAUUCCCUUUUCCUGCUCGUUUUAACCAUCUCGCAGGAUACCUACUUUGAUGCUGAGGGAAAGCAGGUGUGCACUUGGGCUGUUUGUAAGGAUCUGCUACCAUACUUCAACCUAUGACUGAUGUAAAUAACCUACCUAACCAGCUAUCCUGCAUAAAAAAGAAUUCCACUUGUCAUUUCAACCUUCUUUUCACCUAGCUCUGCUCAGAGUCAUUUAGCAUAUUUUAGAGGUUUAUGCUAUCGGUACAACUGUGACUCCCCCUGGUAAGCAUCUUCCUCAGUCUUGCCCCAGUUUACUGCUUCUCUCUCAAACACUUGUACCCACAACUUCACCUCCUUUUCUGCAUUGUUUGUGUGCACCUCAGGUUUGCUUAUCAGCAAGAGCAAACAUUAUGUGGUUCAAAAUAAACAGAUAGGUAAAAUAAUGUAGCCUCGUGUGAAGUAGGCUGCUAAUAUAUAAGUUGUUUCCCAAAGCUCUUCCUCACUUUCAGAGGCAUUUACAAACCCAUUUUCAAUUGUUUGGUGUUAACUGUGCUAGCCUUCACACUCAGAACUCAUGAUUUCCAGUGUUUUUGGUUCUCAUGUGUCCUUUUUAGGUACAGCUAAAAUAAAAAGGCUUACCUACCAGAG